GGUCACACGUGUUGUCAUCGCAUGGAAGUUCCUCGGAGUAGUAAAUAGCAGCUGGUUGCCGAUCAAAUUCAGGACUUGAGGAGAAAAAUGUCUUUCAGAGGAGGAGGUGGACGAGGCGGUGGAAGAGGUGGAGGUUUUAACCGAGGUGGAGGAGGCAGAGGUGGUGGAGGCAGAGGAGGUGGAGGAUUUGGACGGGGUGGCGGCAGAGGUGGUUUCAACAGACAGCAAGACUUCGGUCCUCCAGAAUAUGUUGUCGCACUGGGAGAGUUCAUGCAUCCAUGUGAAGAUGAUAUUGUGUGUAAGUGUACGACAGAGGAAAACAAAGUUCCCUACUUCAAUGCCCCAGUGUACUUGGAAAACAAGGAACAGAUUGGGAAGGUGGAUGAGAUAUUCGGCCAGCUGCGGGACUUUUAUUUUUCAGUCAAGCUUUCUGAAAAUAUGAAGGCAUCUUCAUUUAAGAAACUGCAGAAGUUUUACAUAGAUCCAAUGAAGCUCCUCCCGCUGCAGAGAUUCCUCCCCAGGCCACCAGGAGAGAAGGGGCCGCCAAGAGGAGGCCGAGGUGGGGGUAGAGGUGGUGGUCGUGGAGGUGGAUUUCGAGGCGGUAGGGGUGGAGGUGGACGUGGUGGAGGAUUUGGAGGUGGUGGACGUGGUGGAGGAUUUGGAGGUGGUGGACGGGGUGGAGGUUUCAGAGGAAGAGGAGGUGGUGGUGGACGUGGAUUCAGAGGUGGGAGAUGAUCUCACAGUGAUGAUCUGUUGUGAUCUUUUCAUCCCUGUCUACACCUACUCCAGCAAAAAGGCUGCGUUCCAUGCCAGUGCCUGGCUUGGUGGACUCAGAAUAUGGACAUUGCCUCUAUUUGUAGAACCUGAGGGGAUCUUCUUAUUUUGUUUUAUUUUUGUAUUGGUUUUGAAGGUUUGAUGAAUCCUCAUGAUUUUUAUUUAAAAGGUGUAACAUAGCGGGGACCUUUUCAGCUUGCGAUAAAGGGUUGAUUGUGUUAAAAUAUUUGGCCAUGACAAUGUUUGUGCUUUUUAUAAAGAUUUCAGGAGACACAUUCAUAAACUUCCAUACAUUACUUUUGUCUGAUGUGGGAAAAUAUGUUGGAGGUCAGACUUUAUUCAGUGUUAGGUAAAAAAUUUUAAUACUCAUUAUUUGGUAAAUCUCUGUCAUUGUUGCUGUCAUUAUUGUUAAAGGCCUUUAAUUAAAAGGUGCUUUGUAA